AUGGCUUUUCCACACUUGUUUUUUCUCUUGCUUUGCUGCAUGUUGUUCUGUCAGGGAUAUGCUCGUCCUUCUCGUGCCAGGAAAGCAGCUCCAGCUCGACAGACAGAGGACGAUUUGAGGGCACAAAUGAAUAAACUAUGGCAGGAGGUGAACUCCUUGAAGGAAAUGCAAGCAUUGCAAACAGUUUGUCUUCGUGGCAUUAAAGCUAACAGGAAAUGUUACCUGGCUAUUGAAGAGCCCAAGCAUUAUCAUGAAGCUAAUGAGGACUGCAUUGCUCAAGGAGGAACCCUAGCCACACCACGCAACCUGAAGGAGAACAACGACCUACGAGACUAUGCCAAAGACAGCUCGCCUGGGAGCAAAGACUUUUGGAUAGGUGUGACUGACAUUGUAAAAGAGGGUCAAUACAUUGAUGUAAAUAGCAUUGCUAUCACUUACUUUAACUGGGAUCGUGCCAGGAAAGAGCCAACUGGAGGAAAACGAGAGAGCUGUGUUGUGCUUUCGCUCUCAGCACAGGGCAAGUGGUACGAUGAGGUCUGUCGCACCCCAAAGAAAUACAUCUGUGAAUACCUCAUUCCUUAA